ACAUAAAAUAAAGAAGCCGUGUUCUAUAAUAGUUUAGUAAAGUUAGAAAACAUUUUCUUUAAAAGUGAUCUGAGGAAACAAACUGUUCCCCUCCCAGUUUGCUAGUUGUGAAUGACCCUUGUCUGUCAUUUCAUUCAUUCAGCUUUGGUACUACAAGAAGACUAUUUUUUAUAGUUUGCAAAGUAUGGCUCCUGCUUCUAGAAAAAUGGCAUCAAAUGCAAAAGUGAAGGUAUCCAAGGGCAACUGCAAUGCAAAAGAUUGCUUUAGAGAUGCUGUUCCUAUGGAAACAUCAUCUGAAGACAGUUGUGAUAGUUUAGACUCUCUUUCAUCUGGAAAAAAGGAUGUUUACCAUAAUUCAAAAUAUGCAACUCUUGAGGAACUGCGGCAGAUUUUUGUGGAAGAUACUGAAUCAGAUAGUGAGAUCUUUGAAGGUUUCACAGAAAGUGAGCUGCAUAUGAAUGACAAGAUGGAAUCCAUGUCUGUGGAGUCUGACAGAAGCAGUAGCAGUGAUUUUGAUGUUUCUGUUGAUGAAAAAGAUGACUUGCCCAAGAGGAAGGGGACCGGGCUUCGCAUAGCUUUAAAAUUCCCUACAAAAAGCAGAAAUAGUGAUGGGAAUUCUGAUAGCGAGAGAGAGGACAUGCCCAAGAGAAGGGGAUCUGGGCUUCGCAUAUCAUUAAAAUUCCCAUCAAAGAAGUCUGUGAAGAAGCCAUUGGCAAAGAGGGAAGAAGAUUCAGAUUCUGAUGAGAAGGAAGGGACAAUUACAAAUUCUAACCAGCUGAAGAAAAAAAAUGCCCUUUCUGAACCAAAAAAGAAAUUGUCAGAUACAGAAUCAGAUUCUGAAGGAGAGAUUGAUGCUGAAAAAGAAAACUCCAGUGUUUUGCUAAGAAGAUCAAUUAAUAUUAAAGAAAACAAGGAAAUGCUUGCAAAAUUGUUAGAAGAACUGAAUCGCAUGCCUGAUCUCUUCCCAAAGAAACAGUGUAAUUUAAACUCUCCAAAACAGAAGAAAACUCCCAGGAAAUCAUUUUCAGAAGCUCCUGUUGAGCGCCGUAUGAAUCCCAGCAGGAAUGCCCGCCCUCCUGAAAAAUUUGCUUUGGAAAAUUUUGCUUUGUCUGCUAUAAGAAUUUCAGAGCAGCUGCACAAGAUAAAAAAAUCAACAGGGAAGAAAAGUGGACGAGAGGAGGGACACAGACGAUCUUACAGGCAGUCCUCUGUGUGUUCUGUUGAAGACAUUACAGAAGAAGAAUUAGAAAACAUUGCAGUUACUGUUAAAGACAAAAUAUAUGACAAAGUAAUGGGAAGUACUUGUCAUCAGUGUCGACAGAAGACAACUGACACAAAAACAGUUUGUCGGAACCCAGGUUGUGGUGGUGUGAGGGGUCAGUUUUGUGGCCCAUGCCUUCGUAAUCGCUAUGGUGAAGACGUAAGGACAGCACUUCUUGAUCCUAAUUGGAUCUGUCCACCAUGUCGUGGUGUCUGCAACUGCAGUUUUUGUCGAAAGCGUGAUGGACGUUGUGCCACUGGGAUUCUUAUACAUCUGGCUAAACAUUAUGGCUAUGAUAAUGUCAGAGAAUACCUUGAAAGCUUACAAAAACAACUGGAAGAAGACCACUAAGACUGAAGUUGAUCACUUUCAACUGUUUAUAUUAAUGGAAAGCAACAGACAACUGAGGUUUUACAUUUUUUUUCUUAAUAUAGUUCACAAUAUAUUGCAUACAUGUCCAGUUUUUAUUCAUAUUAUGUGAAAUGGUUUUAUAGAAAUCAGGCAUUGUGCAUUUGUGGACAGUGUAAAGAACUUCAAGUCCUGUUUUGACUAUUUUAAUUUUAUGUAAAUAUACACAUUUCUAGUAUCAGUAGUUACAAGAAAAUGUUCAAUAUAGUCUUAUUUUUGUAAAUGUCUGUACAUUAAAGGUUUGCUAAUACUGUAUGCUAAAAUCCUAUGUAUAAAAAGCUCUGGUUAAGAAAAUAAAGCUGAUUUUUGUAAACGCCUGGACAUUA